AUGGCUUCAGGCCCACCGGGGGAGCGGCUUCGGGAGGAGGCCAGGUGCCCUGUGUGCCUGGACUUCCUGCAGGACCCGGUCAGCGUCAGCUGUGGCCACAGCUUCUGCUUCAGGUGUAUAUCUGAGUUCUGUGAGAAGUCCGAUAGCGCUCAGGGCGGCGUCUAUGCAUGUCCCCAGUGCCGGGGCCCCUUCAGCCCUGAGAGCUUCCGGCCCAACCGGCAGCUGGCCAGCCUGGUGGAGAGUGUGCGGCAGCUGGGUCUGGGGGCUGCACCUACGGGCACGCACCUCUGUCUGCGCCAUGGUGAGGAGCUGAGCCGAUUCUGCGAGGAGGACCAGGUGGCGCUAUGUUGGAUUUGUGACACGACCCCAGAGCACAGGAGCCAUCACACAGUGACCCUGCAGGAGGCUGCCAGGUGUUAUCAGGUAAAGCUCCAAACAGCUCUUGGGCUUGUGAGGAAAGAGAUGGAGGAAGCCUUGACUCAGGAGACCAAUGUGGGGAAGAAGACUGUCAUUUGGAAGGAGAAAGUGGAAAUGCGGAAGCAGAGCUUCAGGUUAGAAUUUGAGAAACAUCGCGGCUUUCUGGCCCAAGAAGAACAACUGCAACUGAGGCGGUUGGAAGAGGAGGAAAGAGCAACUUUACAGAAACUGAAGGAGAGCAAGAACAGGCUGGCCCAGCAAAGCAAGGCCCUCAAAGAGUUGGCCAAAGAGCUGGAGGAGAGAUGUCAGCGUCCGGCCUUGGGUCUGCUGGAGGGUGUGAGAGGAAUCUUGAGCAGAAGUAAAGCUGUCACACGACUGGAACCAGAGACCAUCCCCAUGGAGCUGAGGACAAUGUGUCACAUCCCUGGGAUGAGGGAAAUGCUAAGAAAAUUUCAAGUUGAUGUAAAAUUGGAUCCUGCCACAGCUCAUCCUAGUCUACUCUUGACUGCUGACCUGCGCAGUGUGCAAGAUGGAGAACUGUGGAGGGAUGUCCCUAACAACCCUGAGCGCUUUGACACAUGGCCCUGUAUCCUGGGUUUGCAGAAUUUUUCAUCAGGGAGGCAUUACUGGGAGGUUGUGGUAGGAGAAAGAGCAGAGUGGGGGUUAGGUGUCUGUCAAGACACAGCAUCAAGAAAGGGUGAAACCUCACCAUCGCCCGAGAAUGGAGUCUGGGCCAUGUGGCUGCUAAAAGGGAAUGAAUACAUGGUCCUUGCCUCCCCAUCCGUUCCUGUCCUCCAACUGGAACGGCCUCGCUGCAUCGGGAUUUUCUUGGACUAUGAAGCCGGUGAAAUCUCCUUUUACAAUGUCACAAAUGGGUCUUAUAUUUACACAUUCAACCAACUGUUCUCUGGUGUUCUACGACCUUAUUUUUUCAUCUGUGAUAUGAAUCCUCUGAUUUUGCCACCUAUCACAGAAGCAGAAUCAGAGAAUUGGACAUCCAGGAGUCAUCUUGACUCUGCUUCUAAUUUUAGAGAUGGUCAUUCCUAA